CCCAGGACAGCGCAUUCACUAUAUCUGGUCUCCCACACAGCACUUAAAAUGUUACUAAACCCAGGACCCUGCAUUCACUAUAUCUGGUCUCCCACAGUACACAGAACACGGAAGUGCAAUUAUUUUAGUAAAUAUAAACUACUAAAUACCUUUUCUCAUCAGCAGUUAGAGCAGUCUUGUGACUUCUAUCUGUGUCCAGCCAGCUAAAGCUUGUAAGAGGAGUUUUCUUUCUGCUCUUG